AUGACUCUCAACAACCUUUCCUGUCCCUUGGCUUACAACACCACCAAAUAUUUCAAAACCCCUGCUUACUGCCUAGUGAUCGCUGCCGGGCUGCCCCUGAACUGCCUGGCCUUCUGGGCCUUAAUCUCCCAGAUGAAGAGAUCCGUCGUCCUCUCCGUCUACAUCCUGAACCUGACCUUGGCCAACCUCUUGCAGAUCUCGACGCUCCCCUUCUGGAUCUACUUCAGUUGCAAUGAUCACGUGUGGGACCUGGGCGUGGCGGCAUGCCUGGCCGUCCGGCUGGCCUUCCGCACCAACUUCUAUGCCAAGAACGCCUUCUUGUGCCUCAUCGCCAUGGAACGGUACUUCGGUCUUAUCCACCCUCUCAGUUUCCAUAGGCUGCAGAGCAUGGCGAGCACCAUCGCGUUGAGCGUCACCACUUGGCUUGUGGUGGCUGUUUUAUGUGUCGUUGGCGUCCUCCUGGAGACCGAUCAGUCAGAAGUUUGGCAUAAGAGCUGUCUGGACGGCACCCAUGUGGAAACGCUCUACGCGCACUUCAAGCUGGCCACCAUGAGCCUCUCCUUCUUUCUCCCUUGCGUCCUCAUGGGCUUCUUCUACUUCAGGGUUCUAUUUGAGCUCCGAAAGGUGGAGUCUCUGGAGAAGCGAGCCAAAAAGCAGAUCUAUGUUUUCAUCUCCCUCAUCGUCGCCUCCUUUUUCUUCACCUGCGUUCCUUACCAAGUGACUUCUUAUUACAAGUUCUUCUGGGAACUGAGGCUGACAGACGGAGAGAUAUGCCCGUUUGAGAGCUCCAUCUUCAACUACACAAACAUAACUUUGUGUCUGGCCACUUUGAGCAACAUCUUUGAUCCCCUUCUUUAUGGCCUGCUCCUCAAAGACAUCCGGGAUGACCUCAAAGGUCUCUUUCGGUUCAAGGGUCAGAAGACAGGAAGCUCAUACCGGUUGGAAGAGCGGAAUCUCCCUCCACAGACAGCCACGGAAGGGGCGCAUGACCACCUUGAGUCACAAGAAAUUACCUAUUGA